CCGGGGAGAAUUUUCAGUCCAUUCACGGAGUCGUUCGCGAGAAGUUUAUUUCGAUUCGCGGGAAAGAGUUUUGACUCGGUGUGAAAACCCACCCUCGUCGCUGUUCGGUUGGAUAGUGCUUCUAGAUUGGAAGAUCAAAUGAGACUGCAAUUCGGAAAACUUUUCGUAGUGUUCACGCGGGUGUCGUGAAGUGGUGUACCACUGAAAUAGUCAUAAUUUAUGGAAAAUUAGUUCCAAAAAAGUAUUUCUCGUAAAGUUCAGCAAUCAGCCCAAGUACCGAUGGAGCAUAAAUCUAAAAACCACAACCAAAUUUAGGAUAAGUUUAUCAUCGUGCACAACACCCCUCCCAUUGGUUCUUGAAAAGACGACACGGCCUGUGUAAAUUAAUUACCCAAACUAAUCAUGAGGCGCAGAAGCACGUUCUCAUCUACGGCAGCAACUUCACCGACCGUGGCGGUUGCAGCGCUAGCAACGCUAUUGUCCCUUUUAUCAUCGUCACCGGUGACGACUCAAAUAUUUGCCUAUCAGUUGCCGACGAUUCGACACAUCGAGGAGCAACCGUCGCAUCAUCUGCAGCAGGACAUAAUGGAUUUCAUCGACCUGGUUCCGUUCGACGACGUGCAAACGUUGAUGCAGUACUACUAUCACUACGACACCGAGGUGGAGAACGCCUUUGAUUAUGUUUCCACCGAAGAUUACUCGCAAAUAAAGCUGGAAAUUAUGAACCUGAGCGAGGUGCAGAGUUUUCGACGGUAUCUGGAUGGCAUCGGUUUCAGCGUGGAGCAGGUCUGGAAGGACCUGUGCCUGCGAUUCGACGUGGAAGAUGUGUUUGUCGAGCCGGAUGAUACAAUACGGAAUUUAAAUCUAACCACCCGGGGACUGAACGGAUUAGUCGAUGACAUAUUAGCACUGCUACCACAGGACGAGAUAAUCCUGCUAUUCUUCGAUAAGCUCGAGACCAGCAACGAUUUCUCCUACUUUUUCGAGCAGAUCGGCAGUGGGGACUUUGAAAAUGUGCUCAAUAUGCUACAGCAAUCAAUUAUGAAGUUCCUCGCGGUAAUUGCAUUUGCUGCUACUGCUGCGGCCCUGAUCUCGACCACAUCCGGAGACGAGCCGAGCCCCCGCUCCCUACAGGAUGACUUCAAUGAAUUUGUCGAACUGCUUCCGUUUGAUGAAAUUGUCGAUGUGAGCAUCAACUACUUGUUAAACGACAAGGACGUCCAGCAGGCGCUUCAGUAUCUCUACGGACCGGAAUUUUCAUCCAUUUGGGAUCAAGUGUUUGCCCUGAAGGAAGUGCGCGAUGUGUUGGACUAUUUGGAGCUGGCGGGAGUUGAGGCGUACGCUUUCUUCAACGAUAUAGCAGCUCUGCUGGGGUUGGGGCAGAUCAAACCGGCAGCGAAAAUUAGCCUACCACCACCGGCCGGAACUCGUGGAUUGAACGAUUUUGUUGAUGAUUUGCUGGCCCUACUUCCAAAGGAUGAGCUGUUUGCCCUAUUCGAGCACAAGCUGGAAACCAGUGCUGAAUUUAGAGCGUUUUUCGAGACAGUGAAAAGCACGGAUUUCCAGAAAUUGUUAGAGUUUGCCAAUAGUUCUACAGAGCUGAAGUCACUAUUUCAGAAACUUCGUGACCAUGGGGUAGAUGUGGACAAGUUCUUCGAUCUUAUCAAAGGAUUCUUUGGAUGGAGUUUUUAAAGAAGUAAGCUUAUUUUUAUUAUUUGUUUUAAGUAAAAUAUGUUUAUCAAGA